AUAAUAAUUAUGUCACAUCCGUUUCUGGGACGGUUGCUAAGAGACAGGAUGUCUGCGUCGUGUCUGUGAAAACACAGAGGAUUACAUCUUCAGCUUUAUUAAAUUUGACGUUUUUGUUUGUGAGGUAAAGCUACAUGUAGCAUUUGUGUUCAAUAAUGCCGCUAACAACGAUUAAAGACGGCGAAUACACAGCCACCGUGUACAAAAUGAUCAAAGAAGGACGAUAUGGAGACGCAAUUCAUAUUCUGAGCAAAGAACAUCAGAAACAUAAUAAAUCCAGGGCUGCUCUGUCUCUCCUAGGCUAUUGUUACUACCACAUGCAGGACUUUACUAAUGCAGCAGAAUGUUAUGAACAGCUGACGCAGCUUCACCCAGAGGUUGAGGACUACAAACUUUACUAUGCCCAGUCUCUGUAUGGAGCCUGUGCCUUCCCAGAGGCCAUGAAAGCUACUUUUCUCUUGGACAGCACAACUAGUCAUACUAAGAUGAUAAAACUUCAAGCUGCCAUCAAAUACGGAGAGGAAGAUUUUUCAGGUGCAAAGACUCUGGUUGAGCAGUUGCCUCAGGAUGAUCCAGACUAUGAUGUGGAUCUCGGGUGUUUGCUUCAUAAGGAGGGCGAGUAUGAAGAGGCUUGCAUAAAGUUUAUGUCCUCCAUGAAUGUACUGGGCUACCAGCCAGAUCUGGCCUACAAUAUAGCACUUUGUUACUACAGUUUAAAGCAGUACGCUUCAGCACUCAAAUAUAUUGCAGAAAUUAUUGAGCGUGGAAUCAGAGAGCAUCCAGAGCUCAGUAUUGGAAUGACAACAGAAGGCAUUGAUGUAAGAAGUGUUGGCAACACCCUUGUCCUGCACGAAACUGCUUUGAUUGAAGCCUUUAAUCUAAAAGCAGCUAUUGAAUACCAGCUGAAAAACCAUGCUGCAGCGCAAGAAGCACUGACUGACAUGCCCCCCAGAUCAGAAGAGGAGCUGGAUCCAGUCACUCUUCACAACCAGGCCCUAAUGAACAUGGACACCAAGCCCACCGAGGGUUUUGAGAAACUUGCUUUUCUCCUUCAGCAAAACCCCUUUCCUCCUGUCACUUUUGGCAACUUACUAUUGCUUUACUGUAAAUAUGAGUACUUUGACCUCGCUGCAGAUGUCUUGGCGGAAAAUGCUCAUCUCACUUACAAGUUUCUCACACCGUACCUCUAUGAGUUCCUGGAUGCCAUGAUCACAUGUCAGACAGCACCUGAGGAAGCUUUCCGAAAAUUUGAUGAAAUUGCUGGAAAACUUACUGAGCAACUACGCAAGGUUACGAAACAGGUGCAGGAAGCAAGGCACAACCGGGAUGAUGAAUCCCUAAAAAAAUAUGUCCAAGACUAUGACGAAGUUCUUGAGAGGUACAUCCCUGUACUAAUGGCACAGGCCAAAAUCUACUGGAACCGUGAGAACUACAGCAUGGUGGAAAAGAUCUUCCACAAGUCACUGGAGUUCUGCAAUGAGCACGACACUUGGAAACUAAAUGUUGCUCAUGUGCUUUUCAUGCAAGACAACAAAUAUAAAGAAGCCAUUGGCUUCUAUGAGCCCAUCGUUAAGAAGCAUUAUGAGAAUCUGGAACAAUGUAACAUUCAAGAGUGUCCCUGCAAAACAAAACCCUCGAUUCUUAACGUCAGUGCGAUUGUUCUUGCUAACCUGUGCGUGUCAUACAUCAUGACCAGCCAAAAUGAAGAGGGGUCUGUGUCUGUGCAUGUACAGGCAGAGGAACUGAUGAGGAAGAUAGAGAAAGAAGAGGAGCAAAUCUCAUAUGAUGAUCCAGACAAAAAAAUCUUUCAUCUGUGUAUUGUCAACCUUGUAAUAGGGACAUUGUAUUGUGCUAAAGGGAACUAUGACUUUGGCAUUUCUCGUGUAAUAAAGAGUCUUGAGCCAUACAACAAAAAGCUUGGAACAGACACGUGGUUCUACGCUAAGAGAUGUUUUCUCUCACUGCUGGAAAACAUGGCCAAGCACAUGAUCAUGCUCAGGGAUUCAGUGGUACAAGAGUGCGUUCAGUUCCUUGAGCACUGUGAAUUGUACGGAAAAGAUGUGCCUGCCAUCAUAGAGCAGCCUCUGGAGGAGGACCACAUGCACAUUGGCAAGAACACCGUCACGUAUGAAUCACGCCUGAUAAAAGCUCUCUUCUAUGAAGUCACAGGAUGGAAUGAGUAAUCAUUCAACAUCCUAUAGCUAUAUUAAAACAAGAUAUUGGGCAAAUAUUCAUUACAGACCACAAUUUUCUGACUGGCGUUUUAAAGCCUAAAAGAUUUCAUGAAUGGAUGGUGGUCUGACUAAUAAUACAUCUCAACAUGGCUACUUUUCUAAGCAGAUUUGGAGAGAUCAUGCUGUUUCUGGACUGAAGUCAAACAUGCAUUUUUUUAAGCAUGCAUUCGCUCUUAUAAUGAACCCACAGGGGUCCACUCCCUCCAAACAUGAAAGCUUAAACUAAGAGAAAAUAUUCACCAACAAAGGGCAUUAUAUUUAAACUAACCUGUUUGCUUUAAAAAAAUAGCAUAUGCCUACUGUAUAUUUAACCUUUUAUGCACAAUUCAUUAUCAUUAAAAUUGUAUAGUUCGGGUUAUUUUUCCUUAGAAUAAGAAAUGUAUCAUAAUACUGUACAUUUUCUUUAUUUGAUAUGAAGUAUACAUUUUCUUGGUUUUCCAAGAAAAUUCGCCUUUCUUUGAAUCGUGUUGUUUUACCUACAUAGCAUUAAAUCUACCACACAUUCACAGAGAACUGAUCAUAGAGGAAAGAAUAAAUCCCAAAUGUAUCUAUAAAGCCUGAUAAAGAAGGAAGUUGAGUUCUUUAACCAUUAGCUCAUGAAACAAGGCCCUUAAAUUAAGGGUCUCUUCGUUAUGUCCUGCUCUGAAAGGUAAUAGUUGAGAAAACCUCCUAAUGCACUCACUGCAACUCCUGUCAUAUGACUUGAGCAGCCAUCUAUAAAAAAGAAACAUAUGUGUUAGUUUGAAACACAUAAUCAUGUGACAUUAACUAAAUAAUAAUUUUUUCCCCAGCAAGAAUAGUUCACCUACAAAUUAAAAUUAGCUGAAAAUGUACUCACCCUCAGACAAUCCAAAAUGUAGAUGAGUUUUAUUUCUUCAUUGGAAAGCAUUUGGAGAAAUUUAGCAUUACGUCACUUGCUCACCAAUGGAUCCUCUGCAGUGAAUGGGUGCCGUCAGAAUUAGAGUCCAAACAGCUGAUAAAAAUAACAGUUUUGGACAGUUUUCGUUUAACGGGGUUUGAUCUGUGCAUAUAUCUCUCCUGAUUCGGAUGAGGCGACUUUUUUAAGUUAAAAAUGUCUUGAUGAUUUUGUUUAUUACAAACACACAGCUGUUCGUUUCACAAGAUGUUAACUGAAGGGCUGGAGUUGUGUUGAUUACUUUUGAAUUGUGAUGUUUUUAUCAGCUGUUUGGACUCAUUCUGAUGGCACCCAUUCACUGCACAGGAUCCAUUGGUGAGCAAGUGAUGCAGAAUUUCUAAAGAAACAAACGUGGAUGGCUUGAGGGUGAGUAAUGUUUCAACAAAUUGUAAUUUUUGGGUGAACUAUUGCUUUAAGAGCAAACAAACACCUGUCAGUGUUUUUUCUCUUCUUUUCACCCGUUUGUGGGGUGCAUCCAAGAAUUCUUCAAAGAUCUGGGAGAUAUCCUCUGAGUGGAGAAAACAAUAUGCAACAUACAGUUUGAUUUACCCCUGUAUGGCUUAAGGAUUUUGUUUAAUAUCCAGUUGUUAAAAAUUAGGAUACGAUUUUACAUAUAUUUAAAAUGCUUUUAACUCACCUUCUUUGCCAAAACAGCCUGCUUCUUGGUCUUGCCAUGUUAGAAUAGACUGUAACCAGUCCAGUUUAUAGAAGUCUGAGAAUCCCACUAAACCACAUAAAAGAACUGCAAAAUAAAUCAUUUAGUAAGUGGAUCUUAUCUGUAAGAUGUGACCAAAUCUUUCUCCAAUAAUUUGUUCAUAACCCUAUUGCUUAUACUAACUGUUUUCUAUAAAGAUGUCCUGCAUUUGGCCAGUAAUAGCAUUCUUGAAAAUAUCCUGGUUGCUUUUCAUCAUGUUGGAGCAGAAGAUUCUCUUAUAAUGUUCCACAGUUAUGUUGACACGAGACAAUCUCAGGUCCCCUUUGAGCAUUCUGGAGCACCCUUUCUGAGGACACAAGUGUCAGACUGAAACCACACAGAUUUACUUCAGGGUGCAUCAGAUAAGUAUGACACUUUCUCUUCUUAACAUAAGUACAGAAUUAAAGUAAAGAUUACUGAUGCCCUACCAUCGUUCCUAUCAUGAAGUACAGUAGCUGGUGGGACAGGGAAUAGUGUGGACAUCCAAACUGUGUCAUCGUGUCUCUACAAGACUUUGUCACAAUACAUGGGGUUCCAUUGUCUUUCCUUUCAAUAAAAUAACAGUUACGGUA